CCACGAUGUCUGGUUGUCGCGACGCUGCAGUAUAAAAUGUGUAGAAUGCAGAAAUUAUAUAUAAAAACAAAAUUAAACAAUGCGGUUAUAACAACAAAUAAGUAAACUUUAGAAAUACGACACCGACAUAAACAAAUAACAAACUGCAAAGCAGUCAACGCUGAAUGAGUAACACAAAGGCAACAAAACCGACAUCAAAAAUCAAGAGCAGAAUGAGCGAACAAGUGCUAGUAGAGCGCAAAGAGAGCAAGUCUAUCCAUGAAUCGCUGCCUCGGCUGAACUAAACUGGGCUAACUGACGAUCUUUGACUCGCAAAAUAACCGUGUUGAUUUUUAUAAAGACUCAUUUCGAGCCAAGUUCGAAAACAGUUUCAUUUAAAACGUCGUCGCGGCGAGGUAGCUACUAAAAUCGUAAAGCGUGUAACGUACAGAAGAAAACUGAAAUAAAAAACUUUUCAGUAAAAAAAACAAAGUGAAUAAAUUUAAUUGAAUACGUUACGGUUAAACGAAUUCAAAGUAAAUAAAAGUGUGGAAACGGUUUUGGAGCGUUUUACGCGUGCACAUUGUGGCCGCUUUAGCUGAGUGCUUUAAGCGUUCAAAUAACCUUUCGCUAGUGCGGGAAUUCGUUUGAAUUUAAAUAAUAAUAGCAAAGAAAUUUUGCAUGCUUUGUUUGAAUUUAAUUGCGGACCUAAACGAACAAAAAAAAACAAAAUUCCACACUAACAACAAAAAAGGAAGAAGGAGCAACACAUCCAAAGACGUGUAUAACAAAACACAAAAAAAAAAGACUAAAUAUACUAAGAAAUAUUUAAGGCAAGUUAAACAAAUAUUUUCAUGCAAUCUGAUUACAUUGAAAUACGAGAAGAACAACAGAGAAAAAUAAAAAACGAAGUCGCAAAAAAUAAAGUAAAAGUAAACCAACAGCACUUACGCUGAGAACAUACUGAUUGUGGAGCUACAUAUAUACGCGCGCAAACUCUAUGCCAACGCGGCCAAUCUUUUUCCCAACGCGUCUACUGCAUAGCUAAGUGACAAGUGAGACAGGUAUCCAGUUUGUUGGAGGAGUGAGUGACAGUGCCGCAUACACAAUGAAGACAAAUCCAGCAUUAGAUCAUGUGUACGUCAACGACGGCUUCAAGUGUUCCACGAUCAGUAUUACCACGAAUGGUACAGAAGCGAACGGUGGCAGCGGUGGAUCGCAGGGAUCAAAUGAAUUUAUAUUAACCAAAGACGGCAAAAAAAUGAUACCACCUGUUAAAACAAUGGAUUGUGCCAAAGCUUGGGUGCAAGACCGCACGAGACGUACCUUCAAUCGCAAGACGCUAUACAAACGCCUGCCCAUACUCCAUUGGUUGCCCAAAUACAGUACCGAAGAUGCUGUGGGCGAUGUGGUAGCUGGUCUGACUGUGGGUUUAACGGUAAUACCACAGGCGUUGGCGUACGCAGGCGUAGCUGGACUUCCAGCAGCUUAUGGUUUAUAUGGUUCCUUUUUGGGUUGCUUCAUCUACAUUUUACUUGGCAGUUGUAAGGACGUGCCAGUUGGCCCUUCGGCUAUCGUAGCGCUACUAACUUUUCAAACCGCUAAAGGUUCCGUGCCGCUGGCCGUAUUACUUACGCUGCUUUGUGGUAUUGUGGAAUUGUUUAUGGGCAUUUUUGGUUUGGGCUUCCUAUUGGAUUUCGUUUCUGGUCCUGUCUCAUCCGGUUUCACAUCAGCAGUUUCAUUAAUAAUUGUUGCAUCGCAAGUGAAAGACAUACUGGGCAUACCGGCGCCUGGUACAACAUUUUUGGAAAUUACAACACACAUUUUCGAGAAUAUCAAGCAGACACGCGCCACGGAUACGAUUUUGGGUAUCACAUGCAUCGUGGUGCUACUGAUGAUGAGGUUGUUAUCAUCAUUGAAGAUUGGUCCCAAGGAGCCUACUCUGCGCUCGAAGACCCAAAAUAUUUUCAACAAAGUCAUGUGGCUGAUUGGCACAUCCCGUAAUGCCAUAUUGGUCAUCGUCUGCGGAAUCUUGGGCUAUAUGCUACAUUCCGAGGGCGAAAACACACCCUUCCGCGUUAUCGGUUACAUUCCCGCGGGCAUGCCUACUGUACAACCACCACCAUUCCACAUGUCCGCCAAUGAGACAUUAUCCGGGCAUGAGGAGAACUUCAUUGACAUGGUUAAAAAUUUAGGUUCUGGACUUAUUGUGCUGCCGCUCAUAUCGCUUAUGGAAACUAUUUCGAUCGCUAAAGCCUUUGGCAACGGCAAACCAGUGGAUGCCUCGCAAGAACUCAUCGCCAUUGGCAUUGCAAAUAUUGCCAAUUCCUUCGUGCAGGCCUUCCCAGGCACAGGUGCACUGAGUCGUGGCGCAGUCAAUAAUGCUAGUGGCGUGAGAACGCCGCUCAGCAAUAUCUACUCCGGCAGCUUAGUGAUCGUUGCGCUAAUCUUCUUUACACCCUAUUUCUUCUUCAUACCCAAAUCGACAUUGGCGGCGAUUAUCAUUGCUGCCGUUAUGUUUAUGGUCGAGGUGCGCGUAAUCAAACCAAUGUGGCGCGCCAAAAAGAGUGAUCUUGUCCCUGGUUUGGGCACAUUUAUCGCCUGUCUGGUGUUGCCGUUGGAAAUCGGCAUACUAAUUGGAGUCGGCUUGAAUGUCAUAUUUAUUCUGUACCAUGCGGCGCGUCCCAAAAUCACAACCGAAAUCCUAACCACUCAGGCCGGCAAUGAAUACCUCAUGAUCACGCCAGAUCGUUGUUUGAUUUUCCCCUCUGUGGAUUAUGUGCGGAAUCUGGUAACAAAACACUCCAUGCGACAAAAUGUACCCGUCGUUAUCGAUGCUUCGCAUAUUUACGGUGCUGAUUUCACUGCAGCCACUGUUAUCGAAUCGUUGUUGAGUGAUUUUGCUGCGCGCUCACAAUUAUUGUUCUUCUACAAUCUUAAACCCAGCAUUUGCGCGUUAUUCGCAACGCUUGCACCGGCGGAAUUCAUUGUCUACUAUCAGGAGGAACAGCUGGAUCAAUUGCUUAAGGAUCGGAAUUAUGAACAAAAGAAAACGAUAACGGUGUAGCUGAGAUUUAUGCAGUAAUGAUAGAAACCGUUGCGCGGUUGUUGUCAAAAAUGUGAUUCGUGUCGGGUCUGCACGGCCCACGCUACAAAAUGGUUGGUUAACUAUUCUUGCUUGUAUUAGCUUUUAUUGAUGCUAUGUGUUUUUUAAUGUGUUUAUAAUUAUUAAAGCUUGAUUAAUUUGAUCGAUUUUUUUAAAAUACGUCCCUAAUUUUAGUUGCAUGUACAUUGAGUAUGUAUUUACAUAUGUAGCGAGAUUUUACAUAUGUUUAGAUUUAAACCUGUUCAUAUGGAGUAUUAACUUAGUAUUGAUUACCAAAAAGAAGAAGUCCUUUUUAACUUAUACACAAUCAAUUUAUGUAAAGUAAAUAUUUAUGAAUUCGAAGCGGCAGAAAGCUUUCCCACACAUACAAAUGUAAAACAACUUUUUAACUUAUUUAUUAUACAUAUCAGAGGCAAAAUGCAAACGAAACGGGAAUUGUUAAGGAUUAAGACGAAUAUUUUAUUUAAACGAAAUGUAAAGUACAAUAAGAAAAAAAGAAACGCUAAGAGUGCUAUAAAGUUGUUGAAAAGAAUCGAAGUAGUAUUUUCCUCAAUCGAUUUAGCUAUAA